AUGUUCAUUUGGGGCAACGCCCGCGGGACGGCUCUCCGAGUCCUGAUCUCCAUCGCGAGUUCUUCAGCAUUCUUGCUCUUUGGUUAUGAUCAAGGAGUGUUCGCCGGUCUUAUUGGAGGCGACGGCUUCAAAAACACAUUCAACAACCCCGACACCACCACCAUUGGAACCGUCACGGCCAUCUAUGAGAUUGGAUGUUUCUUUGGUGCCAUCUUCUCCUUCUGGGCUGGUAACAGGCUCGGAAGAAAGAACUCCAUCUGGCUCGGGCUGUUUAUCAUGAUGGUGGGAACGGUGCUGCAGACAUCGGCGUAUACUCUUGGACAUAUGAUUGUGGGACGUAUUGUGACGGGAGUCGGUAAUGGAAUUAACACUUCGACUGUUCCUAUGUACCAAGCAGAGACCACAAAGGCCCGUUCUCGUGGACGUAUGAUUUCCAUCGAAGGAUGGUUCAUCACAAUCGGUAUCGUCAUCUCCUACUGGAUUACCUACGCCACCUCCAAGCACACCAACCCCGACAUCCAAUUCCGCACGCCCAUCGUCCUGCAGGCCGUCUUCGGUCUCGUCACCAUGGUCAUGCUCAUCGGUCUCCCCGAGUCCCCCCGUUUCCUCAUGGCCAAGGACCGCCGCGAGGAGGCCCUCGAGGUCCUCGCCUGCCUCGACGACGAGCCCAUCGACUCCCCCAACGUCCAGCGCCAGUUCAAGUCCAUCUCCGACGCCCUCGCCACCGAGGCCAACUCUACCUCCGGCGGCAAGAUCCAGUUUAAGGACUACUUUGCCGGCGGCAAGAAACAGACCUUCCGCCGCCUCUGUCUCGCCUACGGUAUCCAGAUGAUGCAGCAGCUUACCGGUAUCAACGCCGUCAUCUUCUACUCCGCCUACCUCCUCCAGAAUGUGCUCAACAUUGAGCGUGAGCUCUCCCUGAUCAUUGGUGGUUGCACCGGGUUAACGUUCUUUGUGUUUACCUUCAUCCCGAUCUUGUUUAUUGACAGCUGGGGUCGUCGUAAGCCGCUCAUCUACGGUGCCGCCGGACAGUCGGUUUGCAUGAUGUUCAUCGCCGUCCUCGUCAAGCUCUCCGCCGUCGACGGUAACGACGCUGCCGGUGUUGCCGCUGUCAUCUUCGUCAUUGUCUACAUUGCCACCUACUCUGGUUUCGCCUGGGUCGCUACUCCCUGGUUGUACCCCACCGAGAUCUCGGAGCUCAAGUUCAGGUCCCAGGCCACUGCGCUCGCUACUUCCGCCAACUGGCUGUGGAACUUUGUUGUUGUCAAGAUCACGCCGCUGGGUGUUGAGAACCUUGGGUGGAAGUUCUUCUUGAUCUGGAUGUGCUUCAACGGUGCCUUUGUGCCGAUCAUCUAUUUCUUGUACCCCGAGACUGCCGGAAAGACGCUUGAGGAGCUCGACUCGUUGUUCUACAACACUACCAAGGCGUGGCAAAUUACCGAGAAGGGGUCGCGUCUGGGAAUGGAGGGAGAGGCUCCAGGCCCGGGGUCCGUCACGGAUGAGGAGGAUGUUAAGGAGAGCAUCCAGAUGCGCGAGUAG